AUGUGGUUUGAAGGCACGAGGCUCGAUAGUGUUAGACAUGAGUGUAAACGAGAAGAUGACAUUCGGAAUUGGAUAUGGAACGAAUUUGAUGGAGAUGGGUAUGGGAAACAACGACUUACUGAUGUUCACAAUUAUGUCAGACUAAAUUUGCGAUAUCUGAAAGAGGGAGACGAUUGGAUUGCUGAAAUCACAGGAAAUCCUCUCAAGAAGAGCAAAGUCCAACGAAAUGUCACGUUAAUCUUUUAUUUGGGUGUUGCGGGAGAAAAGAGUUAUAUCCAAGUCCCAACAAUUCAUUCAAAACGGGGAUCGAAGGGUCCAGUUGUGCUCCCUUUUUAUUCGGGAGACUAUGGAGACGGCCACAUUCGAAUUGUCGAAGAUGCUUUGAAUGUGUCUCCAGUCAACCUUAACCAUCCCUUUUCCGCGCUGCACUUUAUAGCGUCCGAUCCAAAAGACGAUCGAUCGCUGGAGAACUACUUCUGGUUUGGAGAGACAAUCAAGAAUCUGGACGAUGCAUCGUAA